AUGUAUCGGAAGUUGUCUAAGUUAGAACACUCGGAAAUAAAACAACUUCUUACAGAUGCUAACAUAGAUGUUGCAAAGCAUUACGCAACAAACAAAAAAGCACUCGCUGACAUCCUCAAUGACUAUAAUGGUGCAAUAAGUUAUGAUAGAAUUCAUGAGUUCAUAAAGCCGCAACGCGGCGAGGACGAAGUCCAUGCAAGAGCAUUUCCUUUAAAUGACGUUGCUAUUGACUUAUAUCAUAGACGUUCAGUACCUCAUGAAGUAAGAAGAGAAAUGUUUGACAUAACAAAUGCAAACGUUGGUGAAACAAGAAGAAGAGACGACACACUGAAACAACAGAGAAGAGAGAUGUUUAAGAGCGCUAUAGAACAAGUCCGCAAAGUUAACGAUGUCAUUCGUUCCAUUGACGACAAACCAAAAGAAGGUGAGAGA